AUGUGCAGUUGCAAAGACGAUAGACAAGAUGCUGGCAAGGAGGGCAGCAAGAUUGAUUCCUCUGUCCAGCCAGACUCGGCACGUCCAGGCUCUGAAUUUCAGCUCUACGGCGUCAUCGGCGGCGGCGUCGUCGGCCUCGCCGUUGCCCGCCAGCUCUCCCUUCAGCCCGGCACCUCCACCGUGCUCAUAGAGCGUCACUCCGCCGUCGGCACGGAGACCAGCUCGCGCAACAGCGAGGUCAUCCACGCCGGCAUCUACUACGGCAAGGACACCCUCAAGGCGAAGCUCUGCCUCCGCGGCAAGGACCUGCUGUACGGGCUCUGCGACAGGCACGGCGUCGCCCACAGCAGGACGGGCAAGUGGCUCGUCGCCCAGAACCACGCGCAGAGGGAGGCCCUGGAGAGGAUCCACGCCCUUUGCGCCGACGAGAUUGGCGUUGCGGUGAGAUGGGUGUCUGACAGGGAGGUCCGCGAGCGCGGCGAGGGCGUCCUGGCCAAGGCCGGCGCCCUGGAGAGCCCGACGACGGGCAUCGUCGACUCCCACGGCCUGAUGCUCUGCCUGCAGGGCCUCUUCGAGGACGCCGGCGGCAUCGUCGCCCUGAGCUCCCCCGUCGUGGGCGUCCGCCCGCUCUCCCAGGGAGGAUCCUCGCCCCCGGGCAGCGCGGGCUGGGAAAUCGACGUCUCGGACGGGCCCGGCGGCGACGUGUCCACCCUGACGGCCGAGACGCUCAUCAACGCCGCCGGUCUCGGCUCCGUCGCCGUCCACAACAUGAUUGUGCCCUCCUCGCAGCGCAGGCAGCUCUUCUACGCAAAGGGCAACUACUUCUCCUACUCGGCCUCCCGCCCCAAAAUCUCCCGCCUCAUAUACCCGGCCCCCGAGCCCGGCGCCAGCGGACUCGGCACACAUCUCACCAUCGACCUGGCCGGACGGAUCCGCUUCGGCCCGGACGUCGAGUGGGUGGACGACCCCAACGACCUCACCGCCAACGCCUCACGGCUGCAGCAGGCCGUUGCCGAAAUCCAAAAGUAUCUCCCGGAAGUCGAUGCCGGCGCCCUGGUGGCCGAUUACGCAGGUAUGCGGCCCAAGCUGGCCUCCAAGGGCGCGGCGUCGGCAACGGACAAGGGUUUCGAGGACUUCAUCGUCAGAAAGGAGCAAGGGUACGAAGGCUGGGUUAAUCUGCUGGGCAUCGAAAGCCCUGGGUUGACAAGCAGCCUUGCCAUAGCAGAAAUGGUGCAUAGGCUUCUACACGGCCAAGCGAGCACAUAG